AUGAGACAACCAUAUUGGAGUUGGCCACAGGGUCGCCCUGCUGUUGUCUCGGCAGAGUCAAUUCCUUCUUCAUGUGCUGACCUUGAUGAGUUGAACAAGGCGGUAAGCUUGUUGAGGUCCGAGUUGUUUCAAGUAAAGCGGGAAAAGGACGUCCUUGAGUUAAAGGUCAUACGGAUGGAAAAAAUUUUGGGCCACUGUUUAGGUCCUCAUUUUGAGCAGGAAGUGAGAAGGGACAUAGCUUUACUGAAAGAGAGGACGAAUCGUUGUGUCGUGUCACAUCUAUUUAAGGGAUAUGAGGAAGUGGAUGGCAUGCAAUGGGAUGAAGGGCCAAGUAAUAGAAAUGAAGGAGAGGAAAAUGAAGAGGAGGACAUUGAAGGGGGUGAAGGGCCAAAUAACAGAAAUGAGGGAGAGGACAAGGAAGAGGAGGGGAUUGAAAGGGGUGAAGGGGCAAGUAAGACAAAUGAGGGAGAGGAAAAGGAAGAGGAGGGGAUUGAAGGGGGUGAAGUGCCAAGUAAGAGAAAUGAGGGAGAGGAAAAGGAAGAGAAGGGGAUUGAAGGAGGUGAAGUGCAAAGAAAACCAAGGGAGGUAGAGGAAGCUCAAAGGAAAAGAAGUGAGGGAGAGCAAGUGAAAAUAAAAAGCAGCAAAGGAGAGGAAGCGCAAAGAAAGAGCAUUGAGGGAGAGGAAGAACUGCAAAGAAAAAGCAGAAAGGAAGUGAAAAGACAGAGAAGUGAGGAAAAGGAAGUGCAAAGAAACCAAUGUGAGGAAGAGGAUGAUGAAGUUAUGUUGGUUGGCGAUGACAUUGGCGAGAGCACGGAGGGGACAAAGGUUGAGGUUACUCUCGGGGACAUUGAUUUGGAUCAACCUACAGCUGUGUUAUCUCAGUUGAACGUUUGGUUGAAUGAUGAAGGUCAAGGUGUGGAACGAGGGGUCCAAUUACGGAAGAGGAAGAGGAUUAUUCCUAUGUGGAAGAUCGUUGAAGCUAGUGAAGUGGUUAAAAAAAAUUUGCCAAAGACAACCGGACUUCGGACGUUAGACCCAAUGAAGGCGAUUCCGCAUGAUGAUAUGGUGAAAUUGCUGAAACUUUGUUCGGAAUGGCGCCAUAACCCAAAUUUGGUGAUGCAAUUUGGCAACGUGGAAGCUGAGAUUGAAUUCUUCGCUUCCCUCGUCAAAGCUGACGGUUGGCUGAAAGGAGAUCACAUUGAUUUGGGCUUGUAUCUCAUCCGGAAGCGACAACAACAGUUGGAGGAAGUAGAAAUAUCGGAUUGGACAACGACCGAUGUAUUUUUUAUGAAUCACAUCCAUACUUGCUUUGCGGAUAAUAAAAGGAAAAAAGAGCAAGUUGGGUGGAAAAUUAGAACCAGUUUAGUGAACGUUGUAAAUGGCAAGGUUCCGGCUUGUGGAUUGGAUUGGCAGAACACGUAUAAGGUGUAUGUACCUUGUAUGUUGCAAAAAUAUAAGCAUUGGGUGGCUCUAGAGAUUGAUCUGAUUCAGUGUGAAAUCAAAGUCUACGAUUCAAUGGUUUCACUCAUUCCAGAUCAGAGCUUAAAGGAAGAACUCGGCCCCCUGUCAAUUACGAUUCCAAAUCUUCUGCACACCCUCGACUUUUAUGAAGAAGGUGUUUACGCGAACGAGUGCACCCGAGAUUGGUGGUGUCCAUGGCCAAUACAUCGUGUGGAUGUUCCACAACAGGCUAAUCAAGGCGAUUGUGGUAUGUUCGUGUUGAAGUACAUUGAGCUGUUGAGUGCUGAGAUUUCCUUAGCUACUUGCACCUCGCAGAACAUGCCAUUUUUUCGGUUGAAGUUGGCUGCAGAAAUUGCACGGGGAGAUGCUUACAUGCCAUGA